AUGCGGCUCCAGGCGGCACUUUCUUUGCUCGCCUUCUGCGUUCCUUCAACGCUAGCAAUCUACGCCGACGAGGUCAACCACAUCGACUUCCACCAUGCGCUCCUCGGCCUUCCCUCGUCCCAAUCCACCUUCUUCCUCAAGCCUUCCUCCGCCUCCAACGCCUCCUUACUCUACACGCUAUCGGAGAAAUCGAUCCUGGGUGCGGUAAACCCGCGAGAUGGUUCAUUGGUCUGGAGACAGAACGUGUCGCGGUCGUUGCUCCCCAACUCCGCCGCCGCGGGAGGUGGCCUCUUGCGCGCCUCGGAUGGGAUCAACGCCGUGGUUAGUGCGACGGGUGACUACGUUUCGUCAUGGAGUGCCCUGGAUGGGAAAUUGAUUUGGGAGAACUGGUUUGCGGGUGAGGGGUCUGUGGCGGAUUUGGAAUUGCUGGAGCUGGAAGAUGCCAGCGCGGCUGGGACGUUUAGAGAUACGAUCGCGCUUGUCAACGCUGGUGAAGCGGGUGUUGUCAAACGAAUUGAUGGGCAGACGGGACAUGUCAAGUGGGAAUACAAGGAUGAAAGUGGUGACGUUCCCUUCCAAGUCUCAUCCUCGCCUACCGAAGUGUUCUACAUUUCUCUGCAGUCGGCUUUGCUCAAGGGGUCCAAGAUCAAGGCUACAUCAUUGGACUCCGUUACUGGUAAACAGACUUAUCAGCAGACCUUGAACUCAGAGAACGAUGUGACCGGACCCGACUCGAUUAUUUUCGUGGGUGCCAACACCGCCGCACCUAUAAUUGUCUGGACCGAUAAGGCCCGGAAGGUAUUGAAGGUCAAUGUUAUCGGCACGAAGCAAGUCUCGACCAUCAACAUCGAUAACAAAGGCGAGGAAAUCAAGUCGAUCAAGGUCCACGCUCCAAAGAAGCUCAAUUCCCUGCCGCAUUUCUUGGUCGGUUAUGAGACGGAAUCCAGCUCCUGGGCGGAGGUGUACUACACUGAUAUGAAGCUGGGAACCGUGUCCAAGGGGUAUGAUUUGCCUCGGGUGCAGGAACGGUCUAUUUUUGCAACUAGCAACAGGGACGCAAACGUGUACUUCACUCGUAUCACGGAGUCGGAGACUACCGUCAUCUCGUCUGCUUCUCACGGAGUUCUGGGUAGAUGGGCUCAGAAGAACCCUUCGACCGAACAGGCUUUGCAUGCCGUUUCGGAAGUCGUUGACAAGGGCGACACCGUUGCUGUGCGAUCCGCUGCUCUUCUGGCUUCUGGUGAUUGGCAGUUGAUCCGAAAUGGCCAGGCUGAGUGGACCAGACAUGAGGGAUUGACUAGUGCAUCUGCGGCUGCUUGGGCUGAAACUGAUGAGCAGGAGGAACUGGCCCAUCAACUUGAAGUCGAAGGUCACGAGAGCUUGCACGGUGCUUACAUUCACCGCGUCAAGCGUCACAUCAAGGAUCUGGAGUAUCUCCCUGAGUGGCUCAAGGAGUUGCCCAAGCGUAUCCUGACGAGCAUCUUGACUGAUGAAGUGUCGAACCUCGACAGCUUUGGAAUUUCCAAGCCAAUCAUCAUUGCUACGGAGAAUGGCCGUGUGUUCGCUCUUGACAGUGGAAACCACGGCGCUGUCUCUUGGAACGUAAAGGCCGCGGAGACUGAGACUUGGAAUGUCAAGGCGAUAAUCACGCAGCCAGGACUUGCCACAGUGUAUGCGGAUGACGGAAGCUCUGUCACGCUAAAGGUUUCCUCUGGAGAGAUCGUUGGACGCACUGCUCCAUCUAGUAAGGUCCAUUCCAUUGCUGUUGUCAACAACGGAACCCCGGUCAUCGUCAGCAUCAAGGAAGACGGCACUCCCGUGGAAACAUUCGACGGAUCUGGAUUCCUUGUCACCCUCAGUGCCGACGGCAAAGUCUUCGGAUGGAGCUCCCAAGACAACAAAAUCCCGGUGUGGGAAUUCAUCCCUGCGCAAGGCCAGAAGAUCAUCCGCGCUACCUCUCGCCCAGCGCAUGACCCCGUGGCCUCGAUUGGAAAGGUCCUGGGUGACCGGUCCGUUCUGUACAAAUACCUGAACCCGAACUUGGCCCUCAUCACCGCCGUCGGCGACAACUCCGCCAGCUUCUACCUCCUCGACGCCGUGUCCGGCACUGUCCUGCACUCGAGCACACAAGAAAACGUGGACACAAGCCAGCCCAUCGCCUCGACCAUCUCCGAGAACUGGAUCGCCUACUCUUUCUUCGGCGACACCGCCGACGCCUCCGAGGCAAAGGGCUACCAACUGGUAAUCUCAGAACUCUACGAAUCCUUCAUCCCCAACGACCGCGGCCCCCUCAACUCUGCAACCAACUACUCAACCCUCCACGAUGUUGACGCUCCUGCACCCCCUCACGUCAUCGCCCAAUCUUUCGUAAUCCCCGAACCCAUAUCGCACAUGGCCGUCACCCAAACAAGGCAAGGCAUCACAAGCCGCCAACUCCUCUGCACGCUUCCCUCCUCGAACUCGAUCGUCGGCAUCCCGAGACAAAUCCUCGACCCCCGCCGUCCUGUCAACCGCGAUCCUAGCUCCACAGAAGCCGAGGAGGGAUUGUUCAAAUAUAACCCAUUCCUCGAGUUUGAUGGACGCUGGUUCUUGACACAUUCGCGGGAUGUUGCUGGUAUCAACAAUGUGCUUGUCAGGGAUACCUUGCUGGAGAGUACGGGAUUGGUCAUUGCUUUUGGCAGUGAUGUAUAUGGAACGAGAGUGAUGCCCAGCCAGGCAUUUGACGUGCUGGGCAAGGGAUUCUCGAAGAUCCAGUUAGUGUUGACUGUUGUUGCGUUGGGGAUUGGUGUUACUGUUCUUGCGCCUAUUGUGCGGAAAAAGCAAAUCAACACGAUUUGGAAGACUGGUUCUUAG